CUAACUACCAAUUUGCUAUAUUAAGUCAACGCUUAUGAGGUCAAGCUCAGCCAAAAAAAAAAAAAAAAACGCACACACACAGAACACAAUGAGCCCAGCGGCGGCCGCAGCCUCUUUCCCGGUGAUCGACUUUUCUCCUUUCUUCACCACCGGCGGCGGAGAAAAUGAGGUCGAGAAAGAGGAGGUGAUCAACAGCAUCCGGGAAGCUUGCUCCGACUACGGCUUCUUCGUGGCCGUCAACCACGGCAUCCCGACGGAGGCCAUGGACCUGUCCUUGGAAAUGGCACGGGAAUUUUUCGAUCUCCCUUCGGAGGAGAAGCUCAAGUGUACCCCGUCGUCGGACACGCCGGUCACCACCGGCUACGCCAAGCAGCCCGACCACUCGCCCAACAAGAACGAGUACUUCUUGAUGUUCGAACCUGCCUCCGCUUUCAACGUCUACCCCACAAGCCCCGCUCCUUUCAGGGGAGCAGUGGAUGAGAUCUACGGGGGAUUGUUGGCGAUGGCGAGGUUGAUCGAGAGCCUAAUGAACAGGUGCUUGGGAGUGCCUGAAGGUUUGAUGGAAAAGUUCAACGACGACCGGCAGUGGGAUCUGAUGACGGCGUUCCGCUACUUUGCGGCGGCGGAGUUGGAGACGCCGGACAAGGACAAGAAGACGGGCUUGUACGGUCACAAGGACUUGAACUUGAUGACUUUAGUGCUGCAAGACCAAGUCGGAGGGCUGGAGUUUCAGAAGGACGGCGAGUGGAUUCCGAUCACUCCAAUCCCUCAUUCCCUUGUGGUCAACGUUGGUGACAUCAUCCAGGUACUGAGCAACAACAAAUUCAAGAGCGUAAACCACAAGGUGAAUUCGCCGCAGGGAAGAGACCGGCACUCGUUUGCGUUCGCCUACCUCAUCGGAUUCGAGAAAAUGUUGGAGCCACUGGCGGAGGUGAUGAAAGAGAGCAAGGAGGAGCCCAAAUUCAGCAAGUUCCGUUUCAAAGACUACUUCCAGCUCCGAGUAGCUGACCUCUUCAACCCUCCAGCCAAUUUGGACGAUGCCGUUACCAUUAACCACUAUGCCAUCCCUCCCACCGUCGCCGCCGCUGCUCCGGCCAACUGAUCAAGGGUCGGGGUUACUAGAUUGGCCGCCGCAUGACACCAGUGUCCUCUCCUUUACCACCUUGAUCUCUUCCUGUUUAGGGUCUAAGAGAAUAAUAAUGUUUCGUCUCGGUCAUGAUCAUGUCGAAUAUAUUUAUAUAUUGCCUACCUCAUCGGAUUCGAGAAAAUUAGUUGUGUAUAGUGGUCUCAAUUCGGGUUUGGUUUUUCGGGUUUACUCGAAACUGACUCGUUUAUAUACAUUUUCGGUUUUCGGGUUUGGGUUCAUUUUGGGUUUCGGGUUUUUCGGUUUCGAGUUUGGUUUUGCUUAUCGGUUUUUCGGGUUCCGACUAAAAACCUCCAAUGAAUAGAACUCAGCCCG